CUACAUGUCUUUGGUGAAAAUAACCCAAAUUAGGAUGUAUUUUUUAGUUUGUAGGAAAGUUAUAGAGUUCACAAACUAUGGUAUAGAUCUGAAUAUUGAUCAGUCCUGAAGUACUGACAGCCAAUCUAAUUUCUUGAAGUCCAAGCAUGUCAGAACAGUACAGAUAUCCCCCAAAUGACCCCUUUUUGCAAAGUAGACAGUCAGAGGCAUGGCAAGUUUUUUGAAGUUGUAAUUAUUUGUCAUAAUUUUUCAGAAAAUGAAAAUUUUUUUUACAUACUGUCACCA